GAUGACACUCUAUUUUGAACCUUCCUUGACCCAUCUAAUAUCUUCCCCUUCAUCGAAAUAACACAGAACCAAUAAACACACAAUAAUGGCUUCCCGCAUCGCUGCUGCUGUCAAAGGCAUCCGUUUCGCCUCCUCUACUUCCGCUGCUAACGCUGCUAACCCUUGGUUGGCUGAGCGCAUUGCCAUCAAGGAACAUGCCGGACCUGCUGCUGAGACCUGGCGCAAAAUUUCUAUCUAUGUCUGCAUCCCUACUAUCCUCGUUUCUUCGGCCAAUGCCUACAAUCUCUAUGCUAAGCAUCAGGCCCACUUGGAGCAUGAGCGUCAUGAGGGUCACGAGCGCGUCAAGUACCCUUACAUGCGCAUCCGUGCCAAGGCUUUCCCAUGGGGUGAUGACUCUUUGUUCUAUAAUCCCGAUGUCAACUUCUAAACGAGCUUGGCUUAAUGAUCAUCAUCAAUCAUCAACAACAUCGAUAACAAAAAAAAAAAAGAAAAAGAUGGGCGGAUGAAUUUUUAGAAUCGUAUACAGUUCUUUAUAGCUUUGUUAGCUUUACAAUAACAUGGAUGAAGGAAACUAAGGAAGUUCUGAAAAUUCAGGCGACUUAGUCAAAAGUAAAAAAAACUUUUUUCUUUUACUUUGUGAAUAAAGAAAUAAUAUUUAAAAAAAAA